AUGGAACUCACAUCAUUCCACCACUUCAACCGUCUUCCCGCGGAACUUCGUCGCCAGAUAUACCUAGAGUACCUGCAACCUCUCAACCCACCCACAGUGUACCUCUACAACAAAAACCUUGUCCUCCGGUACAUCGACCCAGACGGCGAAGAUGAGCGCUACGCCGGCAUCUCGCACGACCCCCUCGUGCAAGUCAAGACGCCCCCAAGCAUGCACGUCAACUCGGAAGCCCGCGCCAUAACCAUGUCCUGGGCGCGCUCACAAAACAUCCGUCUCUACUUCCGCAAAGAGACAAAGGGCCACAUCCUGGUGCGGGCGUGGGAACCGGCCCGCGAUCCUCUCUACGUGUCCCGCGAGCAGUGGGAGGAGUUCUGCGAACUGCCCUGGGAGUCGGAGGGCGUGGAGGAGAUGGCCGCGUCGGUGAGACACCUCUCUCUUCCGGCGUUCACGGCGUACUACAGCUUCAAUGAGCUGGGCGGGUAUUUGAUGACGUGGUUUACGGGGCUGGAGGUGCUGAGCGCGGUGUGGGGAGAGCUGCCGGACCUGAGGUACUCGCGGACGAAGAGGGUUCCGCGGAGGAUGUUGUUGGCGGGGGGGACGGACGAUGACGGUACGGACACGGGGGUUGAUCCUAUGACGGGGGAUAGGGAGGAGAGGAUUGCGGCGGAGGUGCAGCCUGUUUGGGGGCUGGUGAGGGAGACGGGGGAGGUGGUGAGGAUGUGUGUGAGGGAUCCGUUGGACGGGACGGUGAGCUGGGAGGAGGGCGAGCUGGAGAUGUGGAUGGAGGAGGUGGUGGAUGCGUUUAUGACGGUGGAAUUGCCGGAGCAUGUGUAUGAUGUUGAGGAGGAGAGGUUUUUGGUGGAGUUUCGGGCUGUGAGGGCGGAGGGGGGGUGA